AUGAAGGCCGUCAUAUCUGCGCUGGGGCUGCUGGCUCACUCAUGCUUCACGAACGCCGUCUAUGUCGCGACCAUCGACAUUGCCAGCUGCGCCGACCUUCUGACGGCUGCUGACGCUCUCUCCGGAGGAGACAUCGAAGCCAACAUCAUGGAAGCCGACAUCGCUUGCGACGAAUGGACGACGGUUGAAGUCGGGCAAAACAAGCUCAAGUUUGUCGGGAGCGGGGCCACUUUCACCAGCGCCCGCUUCGUCGUGGCUGCAGGCGCGGUUCUGCGCGCAGACGUGCCGCUCGUGCUCACGGGUGAUCAAACACAGGCGGUGAACGGAGGUUUGCUCAAUGUGGCCGACGGGGGCAAGGCCCGGUUCCUCGACUCCGUGGCAAUGAACGACGUCGGAGUCCUGUCUGUUUCGGAGGAGGCCAUGGUGCACGGGGGUUGCGUCUACAACGAGGGCCUCAUUCGGUUCGAGGGUACUUUCUCCGCCGAUGGAUGCAAGACUGUCUCGUCAGACACUGCGAGCGUUAUCCCGGGCGACGGUGGAGGGCUGUGGAAUGGACCCGGUGGCAAGAUCGUCUUCAAGGAGGCCGUGGAAAUGAAGAACUGCGGCGAAAGGACCGGGCUUAGGAGCUGGAGGUCUCAAGGCCUUGACGGAGGUGCAAUUUACACGGACGGAAAGGUUUCGUUCUACGAGGAUGCCCAGUUCACCGACAACGAAGCAGACGAAGGGGGGGCUAUCUGCAUCGGGGUCGACGGCGAGCUGAAGUUCUUGAAGAAGGCGAAGGUCACCUUCACGGGAAACAACUCGGAAGGCAGCGGCGGCCACAUCAACAACGAUGGUACUUUGGUGCUGAGGAAUACCGGCGUGUUCUCCGAUGGGUAUGCAGGAGGUUCCGGCGGCGCCAUAUACGCCGGCGAUUUCUCCAGCAUGCUCUUCGUGAAGCACGUGGACUUCUUGGACAACACCGCCGGCGCCCACGGCGGAGCCAUCGCCACCAGCUACCCGAACAUCGACGACUUGCCGGAAGACGCGACCUACCAAGGAAACUCUCGCACCAACGCCGACAGCGACUUUGAGUGCAACAACGUCUACGUCAAUGGAGAUGCGGGCGGCGGCGAAGAUGGCUACAUUUGCAUCCCUUGA